UAGGCCUCUUCCCAGUCACCCAGCUCCUAGCAACUAAUUGCAUUUCCUCCCUUCCUGCUCUAAUGAAGGGCUCACCACCUUCCCCUCGCCCCCGCCUCCCUCAGCCUCCUCAAUAGGCUUCCCUGUCCCUCAGGUGGGCCUCUGGGGCCAGAGCUCACACCUGUUCAUUCUGGGUGGGGGAAGCAAACAGCCAAGGAAGAGCUUCCUCUUGUCUCUGGUGAUUUUCCUCUGUGUUGUGGGGAGACAGGUGAUCGGGAUGGAACCCCGGGUAUAAAUAAGGGGACGACGUAGCCAGUCCUGCCGUUGCCAUUGGGGAAGCGUGGUGGAAGAACAGCCCCUCAGUUUCCCUGCUGCAGUCCGAUAUGCCUUCCAAGUUGGAAACCGCCAUGGACACCCUGAUUAAAAUCUUCCACCAUUACUCCAGCAAGGAGGGGGACGAGUGCAAGCUGAACAAAGGGGAACUCAAACAGCUCCUCAACAGCGAACUCCAUGACUUUCUCUCGUGCCAGAAGGAUCCCAAACUGGUUGACAAGAUUAUGAAGGAUCUUGAUGCGAACAGAGAUAAUGAAGUGGAUUUUAAUGAAUUUGUGGUUAUGGUUGCAGCACUGACGGUGGCGUGCAAUGAUUACUUUGAAGAGCAGAUGAAGCAAAGGAAAAGUUAAAAGUAGAGGUAAAUGAGUUCAGAAAGUGCACAGAUCAAAACCGAGUCUACUUAGUUAGCAUCAUCACAACAUUUGGUUUUAAAUCUGAUGUCAACUUGUAUUACCACUUGGAAAAGUUAUUAAAAGCAUGUACCUUUCAA